GCACAGAUGCUAGGACCCAGUCACAAGAAGAGAUGGACCGGACACUGUCGCAGUCCCAAGAAGCAGACAGGCAAUCCCAGGAACACCAGCCCAUUUUGUUGCUCACAAACAGUAUUGAUGAUAGUGACAUAGAAACAUCCGUAUGGUGGAGAAGGCUGAGCUGCGAGGCAAGCAGAUCACAAGGUGUUUUGGGGGUGUGUUUCCAGCACCAUCCAGCAGCUGAUCUAGCAGUCAUCACCCACCAGUUGCUGCACAACAAGGUGUUAGCAGUCCAAGACUGGUCUGUGUUCUGGCAGCAGAUUCGGAUGAACAGCAAUGUAAAAGGUCACUUGCUAUUUUCACUGAUCAUAUAUUCUUUAAACUGAAACAUAUGUUUGUAUCAGUAAUAAAUGUCUCUCCAUCAGUCCAUUUGUCCAUUGGUCCAUCCUAGGGCAUCGGGACAAGUCUACUUUUUUCCAUUACUCAAUAUUUUUUGAGGUAUUGACUUCAAACUUCAUACACAUAUUGACUGAUUUGAGGUGAAACUCUGCAAUUGUCUGUUUUGUGUACAUCACAAUUCCUGUCUGCUUCAUAACAUUCAACCAGUUGAAGGAUUUUGAAAUUACUCCCAACAAAAGUUCACCAUAUUGAGACAUUGAGACAAUAUGCAGAGAGCAACCAGCUUGGCUCAAGGUCAAGGUCACACUUAGACAUCAAAGGUCAUAUUACUGCAUUUCAUGUCUGCUCUAUAAUCUCUUAAGCCUCUUUCAGGAUUGGAAAUAACUUGCCACAAAUGUUCACUAUAUUGAGAUGGUAUGCAGUGGGGGAAGACUUCAGUUUUUAAUAACAAAACAACUGUCUAGUUUUAUACUAUAUCAAGUUUUCUUUUCUCCAUAACUCCAUAUAUUUUUGAGAUAUUGACUUCAAGCUUCACACACAUGAAUGAGUUGAGGAAAAAUGUUGUGCAUAAGAAACAUGAUUUUGUGUAUGGGCUUUUUAUUACAACAGUCUAUAGCUUGUACAACAAAAGUGUUGACUAAACCAUUCACUCUGUAACAUCUUUCAAGUCUAGGCCAGACAUAGUA